AUGUUUACGCGUAAUUUCCCCUCCAACACGCAUCUCCAUUCUCUGAUACACAAAUUCACUUCCAAAUUCCAGAUACAGAAAGCACCAAACUUGAGAAGUCUCUUCAGUUCCCAACCACCUAAAAUGUCCUCCAUGGCUUUCUCCACCACUUGCUUCACGCCCCUUCAUGAUUUCACUCAUGCCAGAACAAACCCACUAACGUCUCCCUCUGUUCCUUUCAUCAAAUCCUCCUUUGCUUCCUCUAACUCAACCUUUUUCCAUCCUGCCUUUUCCCUACAAACAUCAUCCACUUUUCCCAAGCUUUUCAUAAAGCCUAGGUCUUUCUCAGUUCAAGCAAGAGCUGCCACAGAAAAAACCAUUUAUGAUUUUACUGUUAAGGAUAUUGACAGAAAGGAAGUCUCUCUUAGCAAAUUUAAGGGGAAGGUUCUGUUGAUUGUCAAUGUUGCUUCACGAUGUGGUUUGACAUCAUCGAAUUACUCGGAGCUGUCACGUUUGUAUGAAAAGUAUAAGAAUCAAGGUUUGGAGGUUCUAGCUUUCCCAUGCAAUCAAUUUGGAAUGCAGGAACCUGGAUCAAAUGAAGACAUUAAGCAGUUUGCUUGCACUCGAUUUAAAGCUGAAUUUCCAAUUUUUGACAAGGUGGAUGUCAAUGGACCAUUUACGGCCCCUGUGUACCAGUUUCUGAAAUCAAGUGCUGGAGGCUUUCUGGGUGAUCUAAUAAAGUGGAAUUUUGAGAAAUUCUUGGUUGAUAAAAAUGGUAAAGUUAUUGAAAGAUACCCACCAACAACCUCACCUUUUCAGAUUGAGAAGGAUAUUCAGAGGUUACUUGCUGCAUGA